CAUUCGUCCAUUUACUGACCAGACCAACGCAUCUGAACUUGCUAGAUGGGACAAGAACGCAGCAGAAAGAUGAAAGGAAGAAAGAAGGGAUGUUCCUUACCUUUAACCUUUAUCUUGCUGUUUGCCAGUAUCACUGGGCAUGCAACUACUGACUUAGAUGACGGCGAAGACGAGGAUGUUCUGGGGGCUGCUUUGCCACCACUGAAACUUGGACAUUCAGUCUGUGCCAUGAAAGCAGAUGAAGGUCCAUGCAAAGCAAUCCACAUGCGCUAUUACUUCAAUAUUCAAAGCCGUGAGUGUGAAAUAUUUGAAUAUGGUGGGUGCCAUGGCAAUGAGAACAACUUUCUAACACUGGAAGAAUGUCAGAAGAAGUGUUUGGUAACAGAAUUGCCUCGGAAGAUGAUGUUCGCAAAAAUUAAGAAAGAAAAGCCCAACUUCUGCUUUCAUGAGAAAGACCCUGGAAUCUGCCGAGGCUAUUUUUCCAGGUAUUUCUAUAACAAAGAGAAAAAGAUAUGUGAAGUAUUCAAGUACGGUGGGUGCCUAGGAAACCAGAACAACUUCAAGAAUUUGGAAGAAUGCCAGACUACCUGCCAAGGCAACUCAAAUUUGUUGCCAGUUGUUCCAGCUGAAGAGCAUGCUAACACUGUGAACAGUAGCUCCCCAGAGAAAGAACCCAACCAGUUUCCUGGGAUUUUUGUCAAUUUGUUGCCAACUGCUCAAAAUGAGAAGUCCAGCAAUCUGAACAGUAGUUCCCCAAAGGAGGAGCGCAACCAGUUUCCCAUUUUUUUUGUUAUGCAAGAGGAAACGAGAAACAGUUGGAAAAAGCCUGAACGUUCUUACCAAGCAUUUCUGUUGGUUUUUUGCACUUACACUUACUUGUACUUUUGGGCACUGAGUGAUGACUUAUGAAUUCAUCAAGGUUUUUGUGUUUAAUAUGAUCUGUAAGAUUAUGGGCACAUAGGGUAAUAUUCCUGUACUCUUUGCUUAGAAUGAUAUGUCUAAUAAAGCUUGAAUGUUGUUGUAGUCUUUUUUUUUUUUUUUUUUUGCCUGCACUAUGAUCCACAUGCACUGUUGAGCUGAGGUAAGUUUCUGUGAUAGUUGGAUUGUUUGUCUACCACACAAAAAACAUCAAUGCACUCCGUUAUUACAAUGAUUGACUAUAAAACAGUAAAGCUUUUGGCAACUUAUUUCACUGAAAAAUAUUUGAAUGAUUUAAGGCCUGGUAGUAAGUCUAGGGACAUAAGAGCAUAUAGGUUUCCUGAAGGGUUUUACUCAUAAUAAGAAUCUCCAAAUCACCAAAACAACUCAUCUAUCCAAGCAAUGGGGCACGAUUCACGAUGUUUUCUCAAGAGACAACUGAAGGGUUGUCUCAGCAAUAGUGAAUUUUCUGGUGGAGCAGAUUUUGGGAAGGAGAGGUGAGGGUAAGAGACAGAGAAGACUUGAAAGUGGGUGGAAGAAAGGGUCAGGGAACAAGUGUGGGUGGGAGUCAGUGUAGCUGAUGGGUCAGGUAAGAAACAGGACCUUGGAAGGACCAGUGUGUUUCAGUGGAAAGUCUAAAGACCCCACAGGUUGUUCCCUGUUCCUGUAUUACCUAUCUUGCACUACUCUGCCCCAUAGAGCCACCUGCUGCCAUUCUGUUUGCCAGCCUGUGUCUUUCAGACUGCUGGGAUGGGCUAAAAUCUGGUACUUUGUGCAGUCCCACUAUGGGGGGAGGAAAAAAACCUGACAGAUGAUUUCUCCACCGAGAUGUGGAGAGCAUAGCUUCCAUUCUUGCUGUUAAUAGAGGUAGAGGGGUAAACUGAAGUUGCAAGGUAGAGCCACCUCACACAGACAUGCACUGUGACUCCCCAUGGCCCUCAGUGAGGGACAAGAGUCUGGCUGUGCACAUAUGAUGGACUGUUCAGGAUGGAGUGGCUGAUGCCUGUCUUCUCUAGUGCAGGCAAGUUAGCUGUUCUGCCACUGUAACAUCUAUUUUGCGCGUAUAUUGUUGUGGCUAUGUAUCUUCAUUUUUCUAAAUACAUGACCACUAUUAAAAAACAAUCUUGCAAGGAGCUGUCUCUUAUAGAAUACCUUAGCUCACAACUGAAAUGCUAUUUCAUCUUGAUUUCAAGAAAAAAUAGAUAUUAAUGGUUGUAUGUAUAACAAUGUAAUGAUAUCAGAUUAAUAGAUUUCCAACAAAGUUCUUGAUCUUCAGAAAAUAAAACUCUUCUAUAGCCAAACAAAACAAACUUUUUUUUUUCCUGCAUAUAAACAUGAGACUUCUAGCACUAUCUCUCAACAAUGAACUUUCUGCAGAGCAUGAAGAUCAUUCUGGUCUUACUCUGCUGCAAGAUCUAAAAUAACUUUUAUUCUGGGAAAGUUAAGAGAAAGUGAAGCCAAGAAUCAAACCUUUCAUUUUUAGAUUAUACAAAGUGAUCUAUGUAAGGGAAUUAUGAGUGCUAUACUCUACAUUUGCUAAGUGGCGUGCAGGAUCAAAAGUCAGUUUUCAGCCCAGCAAAUAUGGAAUGGCACACAGAGAGAGUUCCCGUUAUUACUUCUCAAAGUCAGGGCCGUAUCUUUUCUGAUAUAAAUUGACACAGUUCUAUUCACUAUAUUGGAUCUGCACCAGUUUAUACCUAUAGAGUACUGUCAAGUGCAGAUGACUCAUUAUUUUUGUAAUAGCUUGUCUACGUGAAGAUUCUUUUAUUUUCUCUUUGCUGCCACCAGGAAGGAGAUACUGAAGCCUGCAUGUAUCAAAAAUCUGGCAGUAAAUCUGGAGUUUCAUAAAUGUCACACACCUGUGUCUAGCAAAAGAGAAUGCAGGAAGCAUUGUUUCUCAUCCAGCUCACCACGAUAACGUCAAACUUCUUCUGUACUGUGAUCAAUUAACAAUUCAUUGUCACACAACCCCAGCUAAGCCUGAGGGAUAAGGAUUAUUGUUGCAAUGCAGGGUUGGGAAUAUUUUUUAUAAAUAUGAGUCUACCUCUGAAUAUAUGCGCGUUUCAGAGAUUCUGAAGUAUGAUCAUGUCAUCUGUUCACACCACAGAGCGGGUGUCUGGGUUUCAAGAAAAGGCUGUAUUAAAACAAUUUUAUCUUAAACCAUACACAUUUAAAGAUUGUUUAGGUAGCAGUGAAGGGUAGGAUACAAUGGUCUUUUUAUAGGUAAGAACGAUAGCCUUUUUUAUCUACUGCUUAUUCCACAUAAUUAGCUUACAUAUUUUUUUAGACACAAAAUAUCAAAUAUUGCAGUUUUUGGUCUUACUCUCUCACCAAAACAAAAUCAGUCCAAACAUCUGCGUCAUCAAGAAAAAGUACAGAAAAACAGAAAGAUAACAGGAAGACCUAUGCUGUAUUUUGCUGUUGUAAAGCCUGAAACCCCUUUGAGGUGCUAGAGGCCAGAGUUCCAGUUCCCAGGCUCCACUGGAGAUGGGUUCCGAGGUCUAAUUUCCUUCAAAAGUUUUUGAUGGAAUUGCCAUGUUUCUGAGGAGCAGAACUUUAUAUUUCAUUGUAUCAGCAUUUUCCAGAAGAAAAUUUUACACCUAGAAAUGUUUGGCUAACUCAGCUUGGAAACUUUCAUUUGUCCUUUGGCUGUAUGAAUUGUAAAUUCUUUUUUCCCGUACUUGUUUGUGACCUAACUUACGUUGCAUAUAUUUGGCAAAUAAUAUACAUAGCAAAUCCAAGUUUAUCAGCUUGCUAUUGGAUAUUUAAAACCUGUUUAAAUCAGAUAUUUUGGAGAAAUAGAAUAGCGGGAACACAAGGGUGAAGAUGCAGUCUUAAGGUCUGUUGCUGUCAAUUAAAUAACCAGUUGAUUUGUGUAUCAAUUACAUCAAAGGCCAUAGGAUGGGCCGUGUAGUUGCAUGUAUAAAAAAAGUUAGAAAGCAUUUAAUGACAUUUAUUAAUUUUUAGGUUGAUAUGAUCCACUUGAUGUUAACAUGUAUUGACUUAUGUAUUGAGUAACGUAAUGAGUAAUCUUAUUUGCACCGUGAAAAACAAAAUUGCUAAAAUGUAAUCUAAAUUGAGGAAAAAAGUAGAGUUAAAAACAGCAUUUCUGUCUCAAGUAGUCUCUCAAUAAAGUUGAUAUCUGUAAUUCAUAGACCUUUAAUGACCAGAUUAGGGGAAAAUAAUUCUGAUAGUGGGACAUGUGUUACUAUUUAUUUUUACCGUCUUCAGUGUGUACCCCUUCCCCUCUGUAUAGUUUUGUGGGUUGUAGGAUUUUGUGGGAUUUGCUUCUUUCUUUUUCUUUUUUCCUUCAUAGAAAAAGCAGGAGAUAAAACAUUUCAUCAACUUAGAAAAGUGAGGCUGUAAAACCCAAACAUUUGAGAGAGAAACUCAAGAACAGGCAUAAUAUUUAAACUUACUGUAACAUCAUAUACAUAAGUAUGGCAUUAGAAGCAGGGGCUGAACAGAGAAAACUUACCUGGAUCUAAUGCUCCUGGUGACUGUGUUAACAUACUCACAGGCUUAUAGAUGGUUCUGCCAAUACAGAUGUUGGGCUGGGCAUGACCACCACGUAGUUUAUGUUUACAGUAUCUUAAAAUUAAGAGGUCUUUUAGUGACCAGUGUAUUAAAAUCAAUUCAUAAUUUUUAUGAUCCUCAGCAGAUGAGAAAUUAUCAUGUCAUUUCAUUUUUAUUGUAAUAUACUGGGGGGUUUUGGGGAAAAAAAAAGGCUGUUACAUGGCAAAAUUAAGAGGUUUUCUUCAUGGGCUGGUUGCUUCUGUGAGUGUAAAGAACAUGCAGAUAUUUUGAAGACGAACGGGAAUAGUGUUUGGUAUCUGGGGCAUUUAUCUAGCAAUGAUCUAGACAAAGAACAACAUAAUUUUUAGAAAGAGUACAAGUGGAAUUCUUAACAGCAUUUGGAUGCCGCUCUGCCAGCUGCAUUAUAUGUACAUAGGUAGUCCUUAUUCACCAGUUACCACAUCAGUGGCCCCGUGAUUCCCCUAAAGCUUACAGUCAUUGUGAGAACUCCUUCAUGAGAGGACCCUGGAGCCUCUCUGGAAAAUUCUACAUACCAGAUAAGUAAUGUACAUUACAAAGUAUAUCUUUAAAUUGUGUUAUAUAAUUAAAAAAACUAUGCUGUUUGGCCCUUUCAUCACUGGCAAGUCUUUCUGCUUUUUCUGAAAUUAUCAGGUUAAAAUAGGUAAGCAUUUUUUUUUAAUAUUGCUGAACAUAUGCUUUGAAAGGUAACACCCUCUCCAGAUAAAGUGAGCUGAAAUUAGUUCUAGGCACAAGAGUUCUCAGUUAGACUGGUACCAAAAGCAUUGCAUUAGUUAAUUUAACUACCAUCUUCAUUAUAAAUAAAACAGUAGAUUUAAUGUAAAUUUUAUCACACUGUGAACUCUUACUCUGGAUCCAGAGUGAACCUUACUCUUACAAUAAUGUUACAGUUAUAAAAACAAAUUAAGGAGUGCUCAUUUUAUAACCUGAAGCUAACUUAAUCUAUCUUGAAAAAACAACUCAUGACUCAGUUUUUGCAUUUCAGAAUUCUUUUUGAAUAGUACGAUGUUGCUAAUGCAGCUUCAAAUAUAUUAUUAAUUUAAUUUUGCUGUCUUAGCUUUCCAUAAAUCACCAUUCUAUUUUUUUCCCAGCAAUUUUUUAUACUUUUUCACCUUGCCAGCUUUGCAGGUGUGUAAUAUAUGUGUAAGAUAAGUAAGAUGUAUCAUGGUUCAUUUUGGAUAUUUUCUUGUCAGCCUCUUGAAUUGCCCAAUUUAAUUCAUAACUUCUUGCUUUCAGCAACUCAUCCGCUUCCUGCUUUUGUGACAACAGGAUGUCUUCAGCUCUGUUGUAACCCAAAUUAUCCCCUAAGAUUUUUACUUGAUUUCUUCUCUGAACCACUUCUACCUGGCUUCGUAACUUCAAGAAGCCAUCUGACUAGCUUCACAUUUCCAUUUGUGCAUUCAUAUCUGAGCUAUCUCAAUUCUGCUACUUUUUGAAGGAAAAGGGUGCUCCUUUGGGUCGCUCAUAACUGAUGAUAAAAUGGCUGCCGUUCAGUUUCUUCCAUCCUCUGUACCAAUUGUGUCAGUUCUCAUUUUGUAUGAGUCACUCCAGGGUGACAGAUGAUGGAGUUUCUCCAGGUUUGGGAAUUCUGGCACGGAUUUGCUUCCUCAACUUGCUCCAGAGCCCAGGUACUUCAGAUACCUCAGGUUCAUCUUCCAGUGUUUCAGUUGUCAUACUCUCAC